AACAGAAUUUGGCUUUCUUAAUGUGCAUGUAACCAACUGGAAAACAACAUGAUUUGGCUUUAAGAGUUGUUUCCACAGAUGUUAAAACUAUCACUGCAUCUAAACUAUCUACGGCUACAAGUUGAUGUACUAACUGAUUUGUCACCACUGACUGGGGGAAACAAACAGGUGAGAUAUGAUGAAUGCUCUGGGUCUUGCUUUUCUGUGUUUGCUCCUCUGGCCUGAAGCUACUGAGGCUCAGUUUCCUCGAGUGUGCUGCACAGUUGAGGGAAUCGUGUCCAAGCAGUGCUGCCCCGCUCUGGGCUCAGAUGCGGCCAAUGUGUGCGGCUCUCUGUCGGGGAGAGGAAGCUGCUCGGCGGUUCGAGUUGACAACAAACCGUGGGGAGGACCGUACAGACUGAGAAAUGUUGAUGACAGAGAGAGGUGGCCGACCAAAUUCUUCAAUCAGACUUGCAGAUGUACUGGUAACUUUGCAGGGUAUGACUGUGGUCAGUGUAAAUUUGGCUGGACCGGACCAAACUGUGACCAGAAGAAAGCCCCUGUGGUACGGAAGAACAUCCAUUCCCUGACCCCAGAAGAGCUCCGGGAGUUUCUCGAUGUUCUGGACCUUGCUAAGACCACCACCCACCCAGACUAUGUCAUUGCCACCCAGCACUGGCUGGGACUCCUGGGACCAAAUGGAACUGAGCCCCAGUUUGCCAACAUCUCCAUCUACGACUUCUUUGUCUGGCAACAUUACUACUCUGUCCGAGACACUCUUCUGGGUCCCGGUCGGCCGUUCAAAGCUAUUGAUUUCUCACACAAAGGACCAGCAUUCAUCACCUGGCACAGGUAUCACCUCCUCAGCUUGGAAAGGGAGUUACAGAGAUUGACCAGCAAUGAGAACUUCGGGAUCCCUUACUGGAACUUUGCCACGGGGCAAAAUGAGUGUGAUGUGUGUACCGACUCUCUACUGGGAGGCCGAAACCCAGACAACCCAUCCCUCGUCAGUGACCAGUCCAGAUUCUCCAGAUGGGGGGUGGUAUGUGACAGUUUGGAUGAGUACAAUCGCCUGGUGACUCUUUGUAAUGGCACCCGUGAGGGUUCCAUUCAGAGAGGGAUAAUGGAGAGAGGCAACGUGUCUCUGCCCACCAUGACUGACGUCAGAAGCUGUCUGGGAAUGAAAGACUUCGACAGUCCUCCGUACUUCACCAACUCCUCCUUUAGUUUCAGAAAUGCUCUUGAAGGGUACGAAAAACCAGAUGGAGAACUGGAUGAAGCGGUCAGUAACCUUCACAACCUCGUCCACUCCAUGGUCAAUGGAACCAGUGCUUUGUCUCACUCCGCAGCCAACGACCCCAUCUUUCUGGUGCUCCACGCUUUCACUGAUGCCAUUUUUGACGAGUGGAUGAGAAGGUUUGUUCCAUCCAAUGCCACCUUCCCAGAUGAGAUGGCCCCCAUUGGUCACAACAGGGACUACAACAUGGUUCCCUUCUUCCCUCCGAUCACCAACGAAGAGAUAUAUGUUACAUCUGAGAACCUGGGAUAUUCCUAUGCCAUUUCCAUGGAUGAUGCAGAUGGAGGGCCGGCUGUGUUUGCGCUGGGCUCCACUCUGGGGGGAGUCUUCAUCGGUCUCCUGGCGCUUCUCCUUAUCUUUGUGCUCUACCUGCGUCAACGGAGAAAUAGAGGCUUUGAACCUCUGAUAAAAGCAGACUUCACAAAUAGAAAUUACACAGAGGAAGCCUAGAUUUCGCCAGUUGUUCUGAAACACACUUCAAUACUUCAACACCUGAGAGAAAUGGAGCAGCCAAUUACCAAUGUUCUGUAUGCCCUACUGUGAUGCAAGAGGAAAAUAUGAGUCCUGUGUUUGAACUACACUUGGACUUUUUAGGUUAAAUCCAAUUUCAUUUAAGAAAAAUUAUGUGAAUCAUGUAAAUUUGAUUGGAAAUAGUAAUAGACACUUCCCAAUACCAAUCACAAUUAAUGUAUAAUUUCAUUAAUUCUGUGAGCUUACAAGAGCAUGACCCCAUUUCCAUUUUUAAGAACAUUUUACAAUUUCUUUGUAACAGCCACUACACAUAGAAAUCUAUUGGAAUGUUUUUAAUAAAUAUUUAUUCUCAAGAACAGUAACAAAACACAAAUGCAAUUAUCUUAAUUGCACUGGAAAACAAUAAGGCAUAUUUGCUUAACUAGUUAUUCACCUCUCUAAGUUUGAAAUUCCAAACACCACCUCAUUAGGAUUUGACUUCCUAGAGAAAUGCAUUUAUUGUAAAAAAAAAAAAUGGACUCAAAGCAUUUCAUGCCAAUUCUAUUUUUCAGAUAAUUUGUCUGACAGACAUCCAUUUUUUUUUAAUUUUAUUGCAAAAAUAUUACCAUUAAAAGUUCAAUGAUACAAAACAUAAAAAAGGGCAUCCUGUAAAAUUAAUAUUCAUAAUAAAGAAUCCUUUUAAAUGA